UAACGACAGACCCUGGGAAGAUCAUCACAGUACAUUAUGUCACCAUGUCAUCGGAUCCGUGGUAUGGAAACGCGCCAAUGGUGUUUCAAGUUAGAGACGGGACAACAGAAGCUGCGCAUUUCCUGGACGACGGUAGCAGAGUGACGGCAGAACGCAAGACACUGUCCACCGGGCAGAACAACGUCUGGCUCCGGUUUCAGUCGGCAUACUACAGUGAAGAUAGGUUCACCAUUGUUUUGACCAGUCAAGAUACUGCAGGUUCACCCGUUAUGAUCGAGGAUUGCAAGGUCCCUAACGGCAUCCAUUUGUCCGGAUACAAACGCGCGGUAAAGAUCACAGGAACGGAGAUAUCGUCAUCACAAGGAGCAGGUCUGAUUUCGGACGGAAAAGGAGACCUCAGUGUGGCACAAACGACUUUCACGGGCAACUCUAACGGGAUUGUUGUGGUCAGAAGGAACGCCUUUGACACGGCAAACAUAGACAUCAAAAACGUCACUUUUCAUUACACCAGAAAAGUAAGCCUGCGUCUGGAGAACCCCACUGGGGUGCAAUUGUCGGUUGCGGACAGUCAGUUCAUCCAAAAUUUAGGGGAAUCUAUCGUUGUGUCCAACUUCGAGGCAAUCGAGUCUACAAUCAUCAACAACACGUUUUCGAAGAACUCAGAUGCUUGUAUCGUUUUCUUUAAACAAGAUUCGACAGAUCACCCUUUCGAAGUCGUCAUAAAGGAUAACCUCUUCGUUCAGAACAGAGGACCGCGUAUUGUUCAUCUAGACAUACCAGAGAACACCGAUAAAUCUGUGACAUCUGUUGUAGAGUUCGAGGACAACAUCUUGGAUGCUAACAAAGUUGUAAAUCCAUUUCAAACUGCGUACGGAUGUUCACGCAGAUGUCACUACGCGGUUCUUGUAAUACACGACUUGGCCACAACCCUGCAGGGUAAUGUCUUCACGAAUUCGGCAGCUCGGUAUCAACUGUCAACAACGGGUCCGGCGUCACCACAACCAAUGAACGCAACGUACAACUACUGGGGAACUACGGAGCAGAUGGAUAUCGCGAGAAGCAUCUAUGGUAGAUUUCAAAGAUACACCUUGAGAGAAAUAUCGUACUCCCCAUAUUUUCUUUCCCCAACAAAGACAAACACAAGUGCACCAUCUGCUCCUGUAUGGCCCGAUUUCUACAGAGCUGACAGCAUUGGCGGCGUGGUACAAGGAAACCUCUCCCUGUCCGCUGCAGGCGGUCCGUACUACGUGUCCCGUGACAUCAUCAUCCCCUCAGACAGUUCCCUCUACAUCGAGCCUGGGACGACACUCGAGUUUGCACAGGACGUAGGUCUGUUCGUUCAAGGACGACUGGUUGCUAAUGGCAGCGAGGAAGAAAGAUGUCGGUUCAUGCCGGUUAGGAGAGCUAACAGUAGUACGCCAUCAGGCGAGGAGGACUUCAUCAGGCUUGUAGGAGGCAAUCACACACGGGAGGGGUUUGUACAAGUCUUCACGAACGAAUCCUGGCAGGCCGUUUGCAGGGAUGAUGACUGGCUUGUGAAAGAUUCGGAGAAGGUUUGUCAAUAUCUUGGCUACAGGGGCAUAGAAACGGACGUCCUAGACAAGCGACAGUCUUUUCAAUCCACGUGGCAACGCAACUUGACAUGCGGUGACCUGUUUGAAGAAGGACAAACACGUUGCCUGUACCCCAUCAACAGCACGGAAUGUGCUUCAGUGCUGUAUGUGGUUUGUGAGGAGGCCCCUUGGCUCGGGUUACACUUCACACUAACAGCAGCACCUAGCGUCCUGAGUAACGCCGACGUGACUGGGAGCAGAACCGGGCUGAGAAUCGACUUCCACCGCCACAGGAUGUCCAACAUUCGCGUACGUGACGUGCAGGACAACGGCAUCAUUCUCCGGCACCGUGACGCCCUACGAACCCCCUCAUUGUGUGACAACUGCAGCAUUAAAGACAUCAGAGGCCACGGCAUACAAGUCUAUUCCUCAUCAUCUUCCUUGAUCAGACAAAUUUCCAUUCAGAAUGUUGUUGGAAACGGUAUUGACAUUAGGGGCUUUACGCCAGAAGACGUUUUAAGCGCAACGUCGCUGACGCCGCUGUCUGCCAGACACUCUAUUUGCUCCGGUAACAGAGCCUUGGAUGUAGGUGAGCGUGUCAUAGUAGAGCUGGAGGGUGUAGACAGCUGUGUGGAAUUUUGGUCCACAGUGCCAGACAAUGUAAUUUCUGUUCAGGCCAUGUUCAAGAACAGCAAUGCCAUGCUGUCGCUAAGUGUUCACGAUGGUGGUUCUGCUGACUCAGGACAGGAAUGGACCCUAGGUGAUGAUGAGGAAUCAGACGUAUUUGUUUCCACUGGUCAAACCAUUGCCCUUGUAUACGGAGGAUCUGGACCAGACAACAAGACAUAUCUUCUGAUAGAGACGUUGCCAAACGGCGAUAGGCAGCAGUAUCUAGUUGAUGAAGGCAUGGAUCGGGGCAUGAUAAUCGAAGACACAACUGCCUACAACUCUGGCAUUGGAUUUUUCCUUGACCAAUCAGAGGAAAAUAACCUACGCCGCCUCCUGAUAGUAAAUUCGUCAGCAAUGUACUGUAAUCAGGGAAUGGAACUGGUGAAUGUUUCGGCAGACGUUAUCGUAAAAGAGAGCACUUUGAAAGAAAACAAUGGAUCCGGCAUCACAGUGGAAGAAGUAACACGGAACGGAGCAUCCAUCAGUAUAAAUGCAUCGGAAAUCUCUUGGAAUGGGGAAGCUGGACUGGAAAUGACAUUUUCAGAUUCGACGUACAAAAAAGGAAUUGCGGUUUCUGGCUGUCGAUUCGAAGGGAAUGUCCUGGCUGCGUUGAGCAUUGUUCUUGAGGAAACCCAGGGGUCUGGUGACCAUCUAGUCAGCCUGUCAUUCAACACAUUCCACGAUGCUGGUUAUCCUGCAAUGAGGCUCGAGGGAUCCUCUGCCGAAUGGAAUAUAAUGGGCAAUACUUUUAGCAACAACUCAAUAGCGAUGAUGGAAAUAUCUGGAGACAUGUCGACGUGGAAUUUUGAACAAAACUCUUUCAUUCGUAACCGUGUAGAGAGGUCUCUAAUCAUUACCUUCGAUCUAUCGUCUUCUGAGGUCACCCUCGAGGGAAAUACCUUCAGAGACAAUGAGAUAGAAAACGGCGGCGUGGUGGAUGUAUCUGGGUUCGAUAACAACUGCACGAUUUCAUCCAACACGUUUAAAAACAACUCGGGAAGGUAUGUUAUCGACAUUGCAGUUUCUGGGCACUUUGUCGAUGGCACAAUCUUACCCAUGGUCGCGGUGUUUGAUAAUCGGCUAGAAGGUAAUAUAUUCAACCAGUCACUUGAGAUUUACGGUUGUACUGUUUUUGUUGAAGUGACGCAGAACAUCCAAAUAUUUCAGUUCAACCGUCUGGAUAACCCCCAAGUCAACUGGGAAUUGUGCAUGGAAGGAAGCCAUGCUCUAUCCGACAGCGUCUUUGAGGCACCUUUGAACUGGUGGGGAAGUAGCGACGCAGCUACGAUUCGAAAGAGGAUUUUCGACUUUGACGAUUGGAACGACCACCCUAUUGUCGACUUCAGUCCAUUUCUGAUAUCUGCAGAAGGGAACAUGUCACGUCAUUGGGUCAGGAUGUCAGAAAUAGGAGGUCGGAUCUUUGACAGCGUCACACUUACGAUCGAAUGACAGUCCUUAUCUC